UAUGACAGAUAUGUGGCUAUUUGUAAACCUCUUGAAUAUCCAACUAUCAUGAACAAAACCACUGUGAUCAUUUUCCUGGUCGUAUCUUGGCUUAUACCUGCUGUUCAUAUUGCAAUCCAAGCAAUAGCGAGUGCUGAAGCAACAUUGUGUAGCUUUAAUUUAAAGGGAAUAUUUUGUAACAAUGCAGUUUACACUCUUCACUGUCAAAGAUCAAGAUUAAUUACCGUCUUUGGUGUGGUUGCAUUACUAGAUCUUGUAAUACUUCCUAUGAUCUUCAUAGUUUUCACAUACACAACAAUAUUUAUUGUUUCUUAUCAAAGUUGUAAAGAAAUUAGGAAGAAAGCUGCAGAGACCUGUUUACCCCAUCUGUUAGUUUUAAUCAGUAUUUCCUGUUUAAGUAUCUAUGAUGUAGGCAUAGCUCGAGUGGAAUCAGAUUUUCCAAAAGUUGCUCGAUUACUAAUGACAUUACAAUUAUUGCUCUAUCAUCCAUUGUUUAAUCCAUUCAUUUAUGGGCUCAAAAUGAAGGAAAUUUCUAAACAGUUAAAAAGAUUAUUUUGUCAUGCCACAAUCAUUACGUGUAUUAAUGCUAAUGUGCCUUAA